UCAAUUUUCGUUCCAGCAGUUUAUGUUUUACAAAAUAAUCAAGAUAUUUCGACGAAUCUAGUCAGUGUCUUUAAUUAUACGGAAAUGCAUUCAUCUGAUUUGUACAAUGGUGUUCUUGAAUUAUAAUAAUGAUUUUUAUAAAUACUAGCCCAGUUAUAUGCAAAAGUGCACAAUUUCUUAAUUAAUUUAUAAAUAUAUUAGCUAACGAUGGAUUGGAUUAUUUCCGAUGAGUUGGGGCUGACUGUCGGGCACCUCGUAGGAUGGGGAGCAGCUGGAGCAAUGAUUGUAGGUGGCGUAGCGCCAUACAUUCCACAGUAUCAUCAAAUCAAAAGGACACAGGAUGCUGAAGGAUUUUCCCUUUAUGUGUGUUUAACCCUUUUAAUAGCUAAUACCCUUCGUAUAUUAUUUUGGUUUGGCAAACGAUAUGAGUUGCCACUCCUGAUCCAAAGUAUAGUCAUGAACAUUACUAUGUUUGUUAUGAUCCACCUCUGUGUCACUGUUCGCAAAAAGAACCAAAUCAUAAGAGCAAGGGAGCGAAUAUUUACAGGUGCAAUAUUCAUGUUAUAUAUCCUAUUGUGUUGUGUGAACGGCUCAGACCAGCCAGAUGAAACGGCACACUGGCUGGAGCAACACAGCGGAGCACCCCGCGGGGAAAAGCCCCAUCGGUUUUAUGAUAUGGAAAGGAAAUAUUUCUGGGCAUGGACAGAUUUCCAAAGCUACGUGGACUGCAUGCUCGUGUUCUCAGUGAUCGGGGCCGCGGUCACGUACUUGCUGAUCGAAUUCGGGCCGUUCGUGGAGCUCAUUGGUUUUAUGGCCGUGUUCACGGAGGCUAUGCUCGGGGCGCCUCAGAUCGCUAAGAACCAUCAGAAUAAGAGCACCGAGGGGAUGAGCUUGAGCAUGGUGAUAAUGUGGACAUGCGGCGACAUAUUCAAGACUGCCUAUUUUGUAUUGAGAGAGGCGCCGACGCAGUUCUGGGUGUGCGGCUCGUUGCAGGUCGCGUUAGACGUCGUCAUACUCUUUCAAGUGUGGCUAUACCGUCGCGACACGGCGGCAGCGCGGCGGGCGCGGCGCGGCGACUAGCAUUGGACCGAGAGCGACUUAUAGCACCGCACCCCCGCGCCCGCACGCGCCCGCACCCGCGUCCGCGCCCGCUACCGCCUCUGCGCCAGAGUGUUAUGAUAACUGCACUGAGACUUUUAUCAUGUGACACAUCUAAAGGCGGUUAAAGUGAAAUUAGCAGAAAGUAAACAGCGGAAUGUGAGCUGUCGACGCCGUUGGAACGAAUGUAGCAAAUUUUAGUAAGUAACGACGUCUCUUAUAUCAUAAGAUAACAUAUUCCUGAGAAAAUGGUUUACACUUCUUCACAAAACCUGAAAUUAGUCACGUAUUCGCAUUUAACGAAGGUGACUCCAGGCUGUGUAUUCUUUAUACUUAACAAUUCCAAGAAAAGUCAUUGAAUAGGAAAUACUUACGCCUAAGUUUUUUCGGCGUCAGUAUUUCCAUCUUCGCGCCAUCGUGCGGUGCGCGACAUACGUUUUCAAGGUUUUUAUGCAAUCACAACCGGUUUAAAGACGCGUAAUCAAGUAAUACCGUUUUGUAUAAAAAAAAAUGCCUUUUACUCUACGCUAGAAGCAGACUUAGGAGUGAAUGGCUAAUAUACUUUUUUUCCGUACGUUUACACGAGCAUAGCCACUCGCACGGGAGUGUGAACACGAUGUUAGAAUAUGAAAUAAUGACAAAAUGUGCCAAUCUUUUCUUUUUAUCACAAAUGACUUCACAAUUUUCUAAAUAGGCGAUUUUUGGUGCUAUAGGCCCGUGCCUCGGUGACGAGACCAACGCGGUUAUUAUGGAAUCUGAAUGAAGUUAAUGGAUAAUAAGGGGCUUUGAUUUAAUGUUUCAUUGACGGAUAAGGUACAUGGGUCUGUCUACAGAACGAAGUCUAAAAAACCCUUACCUGUGCGCAAAUCAACAAAAAAAAAACUGAACAUUUGGACCACUUCGCACCUUUAAAAACUUUGUUCUCAAUAAACCAGCCCUUUUAACCAGUCAUCCAGUCAAUGAGAACGUUUCUCCUCAGCGCCCUCUCUAUUGAGCAAUGGAAAACUUAAGUGGUAAAGAGGUACAAAGAGGCGAAAAGAGAGGUAUAAUACGGUGGUAGGAGACCAAUGUAGGAAAUUGUUUGUUGCUUCCGUUAUUUUAAGGGUAACAUCCACUAGUCGUACGUACCUUUAGGUUCAUUUUCCACCAAAGCUAAGCGACGUUUAAAUCGCGAACCAUUGGAAACGCGAGGUCGAUUUGUAUAAAUAAAUACACAUCUUUGCUCUGGUGGAAAACGAACCUUAUUUAAAAGGACGAAAUUGUAUGCUUGCUAUUAGCUAUUAUACAUAAUUACGUAACUAAGUAUGUUUAUUUGUACAGAAAUAUUAUGGUAAUGAUGUGUUGAUUAGUUAGGUUAGACCUUAGUUCGAAUUUGUUAAAAAUAUACUACUUACAUGCAAUUGAUUGCAGCAUUGUAUCGUGUUCAUUUGUAUAUCACACUAUAGGAAUUAUUAUGAGGAAGCAAACUGUCAUCUUGCGGGUGGAAACACUGGAAACACAUCGGACCGUAUGUUGUGUAUGAGAAAUCGCUUUUUAGUAUGAAGAUGCUUACGCGUCAGAAAGCUGAAACUGUCCGUAGGUAGGUACGCAUGUUCAUCUAACGAGCGAUUUCUCAGUACGCAACAUGCGGCUCAAUGCGUUUCCACACUGUUACGCCAGUCGGGCCCAGCACAGGCAUCGCCCGCCUUAUUGUGAUAUAGCCUAUGCGUUGGUAGGCGCGUUUUUUUUCGCACUUUUAAUAAGAUGGAAAGGCAGGGCGCUACCGUGCUGAUACCAAAGUAGACGCCAUUAUAACGCACUGCUCUCACUGUCAAAUCUCCUCUUUCGACGGUUAUUUUCGGAAUUGGCAACACAUCCUUGUACUAAGUAACAGCGGUUGCAGUGGCGACAACUGUCCUAACUUAUCAGCGUGCUUCUUUAUUGUAAUUCUUCUAUCGGUAUAAAGUGAACUUUGAAAACUGUGUUAUAAUUUAUAAUUUUACUAAAGCAUUUAUUUAAGCGCGUCAAAUCAGUCAUUUUCACUUGGUUGGCUGUCGGAUAUAAAUAUUAUAAUAUUUAUAAUUGAUGUACCAGAGCGUAGUAUGAUAGGUACAUAAGUAUUAUUUGUGAUAUGUACAAUACGCGCAUAGGUAAGCAAUCACCUGUACGUACAAAUUAAAUAUUGUUCAAAAGUAUUUUUAUUCCAGUAAUAUUUGAAGCACUUUUUAUUACACUGAAGCCUGGUUUUUAAUGUUUAGGGCCUAUUUUAUAAAGUCACGUGGGUGACGUGGGACAAUGGGGUUCCUAUCCUACGAAUACUUCAGUGUCGAUUUUUAUUUUAUUUUAUGUCCCCUGUGCUAGCGGCUCUUUAAUCCAAAGUAUCCAAACCCUUUUGUACUAAGGUUGAGCUAUUUAUAAAAACCUUUGAUAAGUUUUGACCGUAUUUUGUUGACCAAUAAAAAGUAUUUUUGACCACUUACCUGUUUAGACUCUUCGUAUUUCGUGUUACUGUUUAUAUUUUUUUACUUUAAACUAAAGUCUUACAGAUGAAGAUUUGCCGUGUGCAGAUCUGAAACUUACCGAGGUUUCAAUGGUGGAAUAUGCUACCUUAAUAAAUAUAUUAUGUAAAUAAUUAAAAUCCACGAUCGAUUGAGGAAUUGACUGGACACCUAUUUGUGACAUAUUUAGUUAGCUGUGUGUGUUAUAGUAGAAAAGUACAAUUAUGUAUAAUUCCUUUGUAAAAGCUUCCAAGUAAUGUUUUUAAGUAUCCCGUUUUAUUUAGUGAAAUAAGUACAUAGGCUUCUUUUCAAAGUCUUCCUGAAAGACCUCAUGUAUUAUUUGCA